UAAUUUUAUAUUAAAUAAAAAAAAAAAAAACAGUAACUCACAUGUAAAUUAUUCAUAUUAUAUAUUACCAAGAAACCAACUAACUAAUCAUUUGAUCUUCCCUCCUUCACUUUUCACACAACUCCACAGCCACUCUCCACUCUCCACCACCACCCCGCCACCACCCCGCCACCGCUCUUGCUGCUUCACAACAGCAAAAAAAUAUGGUGUAAAAGUAAAAAAGGAAAAAAAAAAUCACAAUUAAAAAAAAAUACUAUGAAGUUGAAAAAAGACACAUUCUUCUUCCUCCUCAUCUUCUUCUCCUACAGUUCUGUUUUCAGUUACUCCGACGAAAUAUCGAUUCUUUUAUCGAUAAAGGCGAGCCUAAUCGAUCCAUUAAAUCAUCUCGGAGAUUGGAAGUUGCCGGAAAACACAUCGGAAAACACUUCACCUCACUGCAGCUGGAUCGGAGUCCAAUGCAACUCCGGCAACACCGUCCAAAGUCUCGAUCUUUCCCACAUGAAUCUCACCGGAACGAUCUCCGGCGAAAUCCAGCUCCUAAAAGACCUCGAUUCUCUCAAUUUAUGCUGUAACACCUUCGCAUCACCCCUCCCCAAAUCACUCUCCAAUCUCACCUCACUCCACGCCAUUGAUCUCAGCCAAAACUUCUUCGUCGGAGAAUUCGAUCUCGCCCUCAAAACAUUGCCGGAACUGACAGCUAUCAACGCCUCCGGUAAUAACUUAUCCGGUUUCCUUCCGGAAGCUCUCGGAGACUCGACCCUCCUCGAGAGCCUCGAUCUUAGAGGAAACUUCUUCGAAGGCCGAAUUCCGAUAGUCUACAAGAAUUUGAAGAAAUUGAAGUAUCUCGGCUUAUCGGGGAAUAAUCUCUCCGGCGAAAUUCCGCCGGAGCUCGGAGAAUUAUCGUCAUUAGAGACUAUUGUUCUCGGAUACAAUGAAUUCGAAGGCGGGAUUCCGGCGGAAUUCGGGAAUCUCACGAAUCUCGAGUAUCUUGAUUUGGCUGUAGGCAAUCUCGGAGGCUCGAUUCCAGUUGAAUUAGGUAAACUCAAGAAUCUCAACACAUUGUUCUUGUAUAAAAACAAUCUCGUAGGGAAUAUUCCGGCGGAGAUCGGGAAUAUGUCUUCGUUGGAGCUUCUAGACCUUUCCGAUAACUUGCUGUCGGGAGAAAUCCCACCCCAAAUAUCCAAUCUCGAGAACUUGCAGCUUUUAAAUCUAAUGUGCAAUCAUUUAUCUGGCUCGGUUCCUUCUGAUAUAUCGAGAUUAAGUCAUUUACAAGUCCUCGAGCUUUGGAACAACACGUUUACGGGUUCUUUGCCGAGCGAUCUCGGCCGGAAUAUGCCGCUCCAAUGGCUGGAUAUCUCAUCGAACUCAUUCUCCGGCGAAAUUCCGGCGACUCUGUGCAGUGAAGGCGGCCUCACUAAGCUGAUCUUGUUCGACAACGCCUUCUCCGGCCAAAUUCCGGCGAGCCUAUCGACAUGCGCACCGUUAGUUCGUGUUCGAAUGCAGAACAAUCUACUCAAUGGAUCAAUUCCGAUCGGAUUCGGCAAACUCGAAAAGCUUCAAAGGCUGGAAUUGGCUAACAACAGCCUCACAGGGCAGAUCCCAAAUGACCUCUCUUCUUCCACUUCUCUCUCCUCCAUUGAUCUAUCAAGAAACCACCUUCAAUCAUCUCUUCCUUCAUCGAUUUUCUCAAUCCCGAAUCUUCAAAACUUUUUAGUAUCGGGUAAUAACUUAUCCGGCGAAAUCCCGGAUCAAUUCCAAGAUUGCCCUUCGCUUUCAGUACUGGAUCUCUCAUCGAACCACUUCACCGGAACUAUUCCAGCUGGCGUUGCCUCGUGUGAGAAGCUCGUCACAUUAAACCUCGAAAACAACGCUCUAAACGGGCCCAUCCCGAAAUCGAUUGCAAUGAUGCCAGCACUAUCGGUUUUGGAUCUGUCGAACAAUUCUCUCACCGGAGAAAUCCCCGAAAAUUUCGGAAAUUCUCCUGCUUUAGAAACACUUGAUGUUUCUUACAACAGGCUAGCGGGCCCCGUUCCGUCGAAUGGCAUGCUGAGGACUAUCAACCCCGAGGACCUCGUAGGCAAUGCGGGGCUAUGCGGGGGGGUUUUGCCCCCCUGCUCGCACAACGCUGCCUACACUUCGGAAAAACAUGGCGUGCGAGAAAAAAACAUAAUUGGAGGAUGGAUAAUUGGGGUUUCGAGUCUGUUCGCACUUGUUGUAGUGGUUCUCGGAGCUCGAUUCAUGUACAAGAAAUGGCGAGACGGGACCUGUUUCGAGGAGAGAUUCGAAACGGGAAACGGUGAGUGGCCGUGGAGAUUGAUGGCUUUCCAACGACUCGGUUUCACUACGAAAGACAUCCUUAAUUCCAUUGAAGAGUCAAAUGUUGUAGGAAUGGGGUCCACAGGGACCGUAUACAAAGCCGAGAUAAUGAGGCUCAACACGACAGUUGCGGUCAAGAAACUGUGGAGAUCGACAAGCGAUCUCGAGAUAGGGGGCAGCGAUAUCUUCACCGGGGAGGUGAAUUUGCUAGGGAGACUGAGGCACAGAAAUAUUGUGAGGCUUUUAGGGUUUCUACACAACGACUCCGAUGCAAUGAUUAUUUACGAGUUCAUGGUGAACGGCAGCCUAGGAGAGGCUUUGCACGGUGAAAAACGAGCGGCGGAGAAUUUGCUCGUUGAUUGGGUUUCAAGGUACAAUGUCGCACUCGGGGUGGCGCAGGGGCUGUCCUAUCUUCACCACGACUGCCACCCGCCUGUCAUCCACCGAGACGUGAAAUCGAACAACAUAUUGCUCGACGCCAAUCUCGAUGCCAGGCUGGCAGAUUUUGGGCUGGCUAAAACGAUGGUCGAGAAAAACGAGACCGUUUCGAUUAUUGCAGGAUCUUAUGGAUAUAUAGCUCCUGAGUAUGGGUACACAAUGAAAGUAGAUGAGAAGAGUGAUAUUUACAGCUAUGGGGUGGUUUUAAUGGAGCUUAUUACAGGGAAGAGGCCAUUGGACCCUGCGUUUGGGGAAUCUGUCGAUAUAGUGGAAUGGAUAAGGACGAAAAUGAGGAAAAACGAACCUCUCGAAGAAGCUUUAGACCCGAGCUUAGGCAAAACGAAGCACGUACAAGAAGAGAUGCUCUUGGUACUACGUUUCGCUGUUCUUUGUACCGCUAAGCUCCCCAAAGACAGACCUUCCAUGAGAGAUGUCCUAACGAUGCUCGGAGAAGCGAAGCCUCGGAGAAAACCUAGUACUAACAACAAUGGAGGUAACGAUGAUAAUGCCAGCAAGGAUAAACCAGUAUUCACCACUUCACCUGUGCAUGGCCUUCUGUGACUUUGUCAGUACACAAGAACUGCAAUUCUUCUUUCCAGCCAAGAUUUUUUAUUUUAUUUUUUCGGUUUUAAAUAUUUUAUUUAGUAAUUCUUCCCUUGUUUACAUAGUCAGAAAAAAGUUGACUUGUCGAAAAAUUCUAGUUCGUACAUAAUCUUGAAAUUGUGAACAA